AUGGCUCAAUCUAGAACAGUGCCUAAAGUUAUCGGGCUAAUUUCUCUCUCAAUCCUCCUUAUAACUUCCCUUUUAUUAUUAUCUGUUUACCACGAAGAAAUAUUGCAUGCAGUUUUACCAAUUGCUAAAAGGCUUUCUCGUCAUCAAUUCUCAUUUUUGAUUCCGCUAGGCUUGAUCGCUGCAUCUUCAGUACCCCCAUUAGCCGGUCAAGAUCCCAUAUCUAUUGUCGUAGGAGCUGUAUGGGGUCUUAACGUCGGUUUUUGGACCGUUGUCUGGGGCAUCUUUCUUGGAGAGUCCAUUGCAUUUCUAGGAUAUCGCUACUUUUUAGAAGAGAAAGCUCAAGAAUUUCGAAGUCGACAUCAAGAGCAUUACGGCACAUUUGUCAAAAUUCUUGAAGAAGGAAGCUAUCCUCUUAUUUGGCUAAUUCGUCUUAGUUUUUUACCAACUCAUUUUACGACAGUCUUUUUCAGUACUAUUCCCCACGUAUCUUAUGUCGGCUGGUCGAUUGCAUUUUGGUUUUCUUGCUUCAAGUACCUUGUUCCUGUGUAUGCCGGAGUAUGUUUGGCAGCCAAUACUUCCACUACAGCAAAUGUCAUCGGGAUUGUUUUAAGUGGUAUUAUCACUAUUGGCACCUUUAUUUUGUUAGUACACAAGUAUAGGAGAAUAAAGGAACACCAUACUCCAACUCCUCGCCCAGUCAGUCGAUCUACAGAGCUAAAUGCUUUGGAAUCCCAGCAGUCUGAAUUGGAUCAGGAUCAAAAUGAGAUCACAAGUGAUUACGACAGAGCUGCCCGUGAACGUGAACAUUUACUAUCUUCUUAA